AUUUUUUUAGAUUGAGAUACUUUAAAAUCAAAAUGUGACAAAGUUAGAGGGCAGCCUCCAUAAACCAGGACAGUAUUAGUUCAAGAUAUAUCAACGCGGAGCCCGAGAACAAACAACCAACAUGUCUUCCUCAGCAGAGCUGUAUCAAGUUGGUUCAUCAGAGAAGAUCAAAGCUUUAGAAGAAGAACUAGCCAAGGAACUCCAGGAUCUCAAGAAUGACAUUGAGGAGAAUGAGAUGCUAGGCAAAACGCCCAAGGUUGCCAGCUCUGUAUCCCUCCCUAAAAGUGUGGAUCACUUUAGGAAGCAGAGAGAGCAGGUGGUCAAGAGAGCAAUGGAGGUCAGUGAAGCCCAACCGCUUGUCAUUCAAGCAGACGUCAUGAAAGAAGAAAUGGAAAACUGUCAAAAGAGAGAGUUUUCCAAAGAAAACCUUCCUCUUAUAUUGCAUCAGUUCUUUUGUGAUAAGAUCCAGCAGCUAGUCCAAUGUAAGCACAUGCAUAUGUUAAGAUGGAAGCGGUUCUGUGAGCACACCAGCACUCUUGAAGCACUCUAUCCACACUAUCAGAAUCAACUUGGGAUGAUUAUGUCAGAGUACAGUGAUGCCAUUGCACGAGCCAAGAGACUGUCUGUGGCCCACGAAGCCCUGGUGAUGGGGAAACCUCUGGUGACUGAAAGCCUCGUUACUUUGGAAGAUAUGCAGAUCUAUACACGAUGGCUCGUAUCCCACUAUCGCUCAGUUAAACAUGUACAUUCGUUCCUGAAGACUCUUGAAUGGAUAGCUGUUGCUCACAAGCAUGAGAUCUCACCAGAUGAACUAGACGAGGCUGACCGGAUCGCCAAGACUGACCAUCACACUGACCAUAGGAAUCAAGGGUCUAGUCUCGGGUCACAAGCUCCUAAAGCCAUCAACAGAUCAGGCAGGUGGUCUGUCUUUGAGGGCAGACAGUCUGUUGGUGAAGUCCCUGUAGCUCCAUCUCCCGGUCGGACAUCCAUGUUGGAGAGUGUGAAGGAGAGAAGUAAAGAGUAUACUGGUGGCAGCGGUGGGAUACAUGGUGAUAGUGGUGAUGUGGGUGGAUCACUCCUAUCAUCAUCUGUCAAUGUCAUGAGUACUAAUACCAUCACAAACACUCCACAGGGAGCGGCAGCAGCAGCGGCUGCAGGUGGAGGACCGGCAUCUAAUAGUGCUACCAUGGGGAUUCCAUGUCAUCUGCUCAACAUACAGGAUAUCAAACCAGUCCUUGAGUUUCUCAUGUCAUGCUACUCAGUACACAUGAAUGUAGAUGACAUGGAGGGUGGUUCUGACGAGAUGGAGCUCAUAUCCAUUGUCACUCGCAAGUUCAAGACUAACUUUACAAGACAAGAGCAGCAGAAAACUUUCCCAACAUACGACAAGUUAGAGACUGGUAAUGAAUCCUGGGGAGCAGAUACGUCAUCACACGCCUUACUCAAAGAAAGCAACUGGACACAGUUCAUAAAACUCAAACCAGAGAAGGAUCCUAAGCAGGAGAAGAUGAUGAUGAAACUAAGACAGAGGAACAGUAUCGAUGAACUUCUCAGAGCUCAGUCACGUUUCAUCUCAGUUCAAGACUCGGUGAAAGUGAUUGAUGCCCUGCGAGCCCAUGCUAUAUCAGUACGAGAGCCCCCAAACUUCCAAGCAGCAUCAGUAACAUCCCACCGAACAGCCUAUAACACCAACACCAUAUGGAGGAAGAUCUACUGUAACCCGGAACUUUUUGAAAUUAUCGGCCAGGAAGACGAGAUGGCUGUGACAGAGUUUGAGGAGAAAGACGUCAACUCCAUGACCUACGGUACAGGGUCACGGGCUGGUAGCGCGACGUCUCGUAGACGGAAGAAGAAGGGUGAAGAGGAUGAGUUUACGUUUGCUGAUGCCUUGCAGAAGCUUGGUCUUGAGGAUGAUAGCAGCAGCCAGCAGGAUCCUACCAUGGUUCAAGGAGGGUAUCUCUCGUAUCUCUAUCUUCGGCAUCUCAGAAUCAGAGAUCUGCAAAGGACAUGUCUCAGUGUGUUAAACUAUUUCCGCUCUGUUGAGAGAACCCUCACCAUCAACGACGAGGGCUUGUCACUAGAGGGCGACACUCAGAAGAGAUUAAGUCAUCAGAAUCACAGACAAGGAACACCGGAGGCAGGCAUGAGUGGAGGAGGAGGACUCGGUAACCAUGGUUACCUGCAUAACACACCAGCAGAAUUCAAGUUGUCGGAAUCAGAGUUCAUGGAGUUUUCUGAUAUUGAGAAUCACGAUGAUUUCUACACCAUCGAUGAAGGAAGGGUACAUGUACAGGAUCAGAGAGGCUACUACAUCAUCUAUCACAAGGCCAAGGAAGACAUAAAGAACUUGGAGACUGACCUACUGCUAAUAGCAACCCAUUUCAUAGAGAAAGACCGAGAGAACCGCAGCAAGAAGACCAGGCCUGCCAUGUCACAGAGCAGCUCCUCUAGACGACAGAGUCAUGAUGAUAAUGUGGAUAUCCCAGGCUAUGGUCACUCUCUGGUUGACCGCCAUGCUAUCCUUCUUGACCUAUGGACCAAUGAAGCAGAGUUCCUAGAAAACAAGAGACAGCUUCUUGAUGUCUAUCUUGAAGCCUACCACAAUGUAUUUGACAUGCAUGAGAAGCGAGCCCUCGCCCAGGAGAUGACGAACAUUGUGCACAAGCGCCCUCGCUUUGAUUUCAAGACGGAUUACUUCGUGAAGACGUACAAGAUGGAGUCCCGAUGUCUGAAGCUUCACUGUGGAGUGGUCAAGUCAGUGUCUGACAAACAGAUUGAGAGUCAGCGCGAGUACAUCAAGCGGAUCACAAGGGAAGGAAACAAGUUUGGUCUUCCUCAUGCCAUCGUACAGAAACAACCAAUCUCGAUCAACCUCAGUCGCCCCGCCCUCAAACACGUCUUUCUGCUGGAGUUCCACCCCUCCCUCGCUCUCGUCAGUCGCAUCCCACAGGCUGUGAGAUAUGCUUGCAAUGAGCUCUACCACUGCCAUGAACCUGAAACCGAGUCUGAGGCUAUCGCCAUGGAGAAGAAACUAUGGGAGACGGUACAGAAAGAAUGGAAUGAACAGAAGCCUAUGGGACAUAGCUUCAAUGCUCAAAUACAGAAAGAUCUGUUCUCUGACCUGUUCAUUGAGGAUCCUCUCCUCGUGUGUGAGCUUGCAGCGACGCGUAUGGAGGCUCAGGAGGCUGCAGCAGGGAGGAGAACAGCCAAAGAGAAGCAGGCCGACAACCUCAAGAUAUGGCUUGAUGUCAUGGAGAUGCUAAACUUGAGACACAGACUCAUUGAGACUUCUUGGGAGACUGAAGUUCUUGCUCAGAUGUACAGGGAGCAAGCAGUAGAGAUGGGUUUCGAUGAAUUCCACAUGUUCAUGCGAUGUGUCCAAUUUGAGUUUGCCACUCAUAAAGACGACGCCGACCAGCCUCCGCCUCUCUUCAUGACGGCCCUGCAGGAGGAUGAUUCUAAUCUUGACCGCUACACUCCAGCCAAACUCUUCUUGGCUAUCCAAGAACUAGACGAGAAGCAUGUUGGCAUGUUCAGCUUCCGUACCAAGGAGGGAUGUCUGAAGAUCAUGAAGAGGAACGGACAGCAGAACAUACGUGCUAUUCUCAUGACCCAGGUUGUUCAUAAGAAUGCAUUACUCGCUGCUAUUCAGCAGGGAAGCGUGUGUUCAUACUUCAAAGAAGCUUUAGACCGUACGCCUGCAAGACAGAAGCCCAGUAAUGCUCCAGUAGAGACGAGUCAGUCUUCCCGGUCUCAGGGAAGGAAAUCCAGUGCAGUAGGGAUCUCUACAGCGUCUGUGGUGUUUGCUGCUAAGCUCAAAUCAGGCAUGGAAAAACACAAGCGAUCACCGGAGGCAUUUGUCUCUUUGCAGCUGGAAAAGACUCCUUCUCGAGAUGUCAUGUUGAAUAACUUCCUUCAAGUAAAAUCCAGUCGAGGAACCAUCAUGAAGAACCCUGAAGAGGUUGAGAAACUCAAGAGGGAGCUGAUAAUGAAGUUCUGUCACCGUUUCAUGCGCCGUGUGUCGCAGUAUUCCUUGAGAGGCCAGAUCAUCUCCUACAUCAACAGCAUGAUGAAUCUCUUGGAGGAGUUCAAGAACGUCAGGAUGACUCACUUUGUCUGCGGCGUGCAAAACGAGAAAAAGACUCCCGACGACGAUGUGAAUGGAUUAGAAACAAACCCAAGGGAGCUGAAGAAACGCCCGAGACGUCUGCUAUCCCCCGAUGGUACCACCCUCCUCAACAUGUGGUUUCUACCCCAUCACACCGAGUCCCUGGUCAUGUUCAAGAACCUGGACGAGGACACCUGUGUGGGGGCGCUCUCCGUCUCGUUGCGGAUCAUAUCUGCACUCCAUGACAUCCUGCAGUACUUGUGUGCACACUCCAAGCUUGGUAGCUCACAUGCAAGACUUGGUUCUCAGAAGAAGGAUAUCACUGCAGACUGGGGAGGUACGGAAGGAAUCUGCUCUGAACUCAGAGAGAUCCAGAAACAAAUCAACAACAUGGAAGACCCUCAUGACCCUGAACAGAUUGCUGACUUCUUGAGUCUACGACGAGACAUCCUCUUCCUGGAGUUUGACUCCUCUGUCCGUUACACCCUUCGAGACACUCUCUUAUCCACAAAGAAUGUUGGUGGGUACCGUAGCGUGACCAUGAACAUGUCAUCCGCUCUCCCUGCCCUGAGCAACGUCCAGAGACCAACGCUCUACAACACCUACAUGCCUGUCCCGGAGCCUCUGCAGUCUAGGGAUAGCAAGGCUCAGGAGCUGUUCCCUCAUAGAACCUUCAUGGGCAGGAGAGGACCAUUCCAGCUAAGAUUUUGGCAGUGGCAGCAGAUUGAGCACAACAUGCAGCUAUGUCUAUCAGGACUCAAGGAUGUGGACAGACAUGUAGCCAACGGAGAGAUAUUAGGUGUAUCCCUUCUGAUGGAGGACGUCCUACUGAGUGGCCAGCAGGAGAUCACCAUGUCUCCUGAUGAUAGUGACGGUGAAGAUGGAGGAGCUCAUACCGGCAAGGCUCCGUCUAGACCCAGGAGUGCUGCUAGUACCAGGUCCUCUUCUCAUUCUAGACCAGCCAGUGCCAGCAGUGGGUCUGUUGUGAAGGAAUCCAAGCAAGUUGUUUCAGCUACCGGUAAAGCUCUCUCCAGAACCAAGGAACCAGUCAAAGCCUACUCUCUACUCAAGGAUUUCUUGUUGCUAUGGAAACGUCUAGAGGUCUUCAAGGUGGAGUGGGGUCAACGCAAGCUUGUCAUCGAAGAGGUCGAUACUCCGGCUCUGUAUAGAAAGUUUUGCCAAACCUACAAGAUGGAGAUCCUAUACCCUGUAGUGAAGAGCAUAGCAAGGAGAUAUGGACAGGGAGACCUCUAUGAGGGGAUGGUAAUGGACUCGGAGCCCAUCAUUGCUCCUAAGGGAGCCUCAGAGAUGGAGCUGAGAGCUAAGCAGCUAGUCAAGCUCCUUGAUAACCUGGAGCAUCAUAUGAUCCAUGAGCUCCAGCGUAAGAUUGCCAAGGAGCAUGCCCUCGUUGCUGCCGAGAGGGCCAGGGAUGAAGGUAACCUCCCUACGGACCUGUGGAAGAGGCCGGUGAUCAAUGAACGUCUCAUGAUCCCCAAGCCCCAUGUUGCUGAUGAUUUCUCACGAACGCUUCACAACAUGGCUCAGCGAGAGGGCGACAAGGUGAUCUUCACUUCGGAUCAGCUGAAUAGCGCCCUCACGGGGCUGGCCAAUGCCGUCAUGGCGAGAGAGAAAGGCAACUAUGAGAACUACUCCAUGUACUACGAGAAUCUUCUCAGACAGCAUCAUCAGUUGCUCUAUCAACGAGAACAAGAAAUCAAGCACCUUCAGCAGGCCUACGAUGACAUUCAGACAGCUGCUGUGGUUGAUAUUCAAUGUCAGCUAGCAGAUAGGAGUCAUGACUUACUACUAGAGAUCACAGCGUUACGUUCCAAGCUGACCGAGAUGAAUCAAGAAGCUUUGACCAAGGAAGAAGAUGUCCGCAGUAAGGUCAAGGCUGAAUAUGACGCUCUCGUUCAGAAUCUCUUUCAUAGCGCCUUUGCUCUCAAACAACAAUUUGAUGAAUUUGGAUUGCGUCUCCACAAGGAGGCUUCCGACAUCGUGAGCCAGGUGCGACAGGAAGCUGUCAUGGCCAUGUCAAAGUUCAAGAAGAAGACGGCUGGAUCUGGAUCUGAUGAAGGACUGCAGCUGAACCUGAAGCGAGCUACAGAGCUUCAUGAAGUGAGGAAAGAGAACAAUGCCCUGACCAGAAGACUGGUCAAGAUGAAAGGCUUCAACGGCUGGAAAACAACCAAACUGAGAGAGCAGUACAACGCAUUGGUUGGUAAUCUGCAGCAUGACUUGGAUCGUAGUAAGCGGGACUACAUGGAAAUCAAGAUGUCUGCCAAUGAGGAGGUCAUUCUCCUGCGUCAGCAAGUGAUGGCGCUACGUAAGGCUCUGUCGACGUCCGAGAAGGAACGGGAAGCUACCAAGAAAGUGCUUGAUAAGGAGAUGAGGAUCAAAGGAGAGCGUAAACAUCGGGAGGAGCAGGAAGCGAGAAACCAGCGUCAGAUGGAGCUUGCGAGGGCAGCAACCCUAGACAGACUGAUGGAAGAGAUAGAAGAGAAAGCAGCAAAGCUUGAGAUCAUGGAAGAAGACUUGGAUAAGACUAGUCGUCUCUAUAACACAACACAAGAAAAAACACGCAAAGAGGUCACUCAGGUGAAAUCCCGCCUACAGCAUGAGCGUAAUAUGAAACUGGGUGCUUUCAACAGGGUGGAUGAACUACAGACUCAAGUGUACGACUACGAGUAUGCUGUGUCUAACAUAUCGCGUCCUUUCACAUCAAUGAGUUUUUUCACAUCCGUCAACCGCUUACCACCUAUGAGAUCCAAGUCAUCACGCAACAGCUCGGAGCGCCCCUCAAAGAGUCGAAACAGCGCAACACCGGCACCCUCUACCGCUACUGCAGGAGGAGGGUUGACUCCAAACUUUCCCCCAAACUAUCGAUCCAUCACCCCCGAUCCAUACACGCAUCAACCUAACAAUGAGAGAGAUCGCAUGACCCAGCGACCUAAAACAGUCGGGACGCGAUUAAGGAAUCGCAUUGCAGAGCAGCUUAUGACAGACUUAGAACCUGACAGACAUGAGACGAUCAUGCAACUACAGGCCAUGGAACAGCAGCAGAAUGUCAAUACCAAACAUAAGGUCUAAAAUAUCAUUCAUUUUAGUUUUUAUCUCUCUUCAACUAAAUUGAUUGAUUGAUAUUAACCUUCUGUCGGAUAUAAGAAAUCCAUGAAGCUUGCUUGCUUGUUGAUGAUACAACCAAAGGAUAUUUUUCUCUCUCUUUCUCCCCCUCUCUCUGUCUCUGUCUCUGUCUCUCUCUGUCUCUCUCUGUCUCUCUCUCUCUUUCUCUCUCUCUCUCUCUUAAGGUGUUCUGCCAAAGCCAGGUCCAUACACCAGAGUCUUCUUUAGCUCUUUCUCCUGUCCUCUCCCUUUCUCUCUUUAACAAUCUUCUUUAUUGGGAUUUAUUAAAGAGACUAGGAAUUCAAAGAAUUAUCGUUUCCAGAGGCUACUCAGGAUUUGACAGGGUUUUGUAUCCAUAAAUGACUUCUUUCUAAAUCCAUCUUUAAAAUUGUAUAUAACUGCUUAGCUGUAGUGGUAUUCAGUUUUCAUUCCAAGUUUCUUCUUUGGUUAUUGAAAGAAUUUUAGUGGAAGAACCUGCUUUAGAAAUGUGUUGAAUUAUUUUGUAUCCCCAGUGAUCAUGCAUUCAUGAUUUGCAUGUCUGUGAAAAUGGAACUAUAGUAGGAAUUUAUACUCCAAAGAGGCCAUUUUAAGAGACAUGAAUCUCAUUCAAAUACUAAAGAUUCACAUCCUUUGACAUCACCAUAUAUAUUUAUUGUAUCAGGAAUGUAUUAACUACAAUGACCACUGCCUUUUUAAAAUUGCUGAUUUUGAAAUAUCAAUGUGUAUUCGUGUGUGAGCUUUAUUGAGAAAGUUUGAGCUUCAAGCAAAAUCACUUGAGUGUGAACAGGUGAAUUUCAUAUUUGUUCUCCAAACUGCCAUCCAUUUUUUCACUUUUGAAUAAUGAAAGAGGAAUUUCUCAAGAAUAUUAUUAUUAUCAAGCAUGUAAACACUAGAGAAUAGGAGUUUCUUGUGUUGUAUACCCAUAGAACAUUUGUGAAAUUGGAUUCGAUUUUACUUACAGGCGACCUUUUAUUGCUUUUGCUUUCAUUGCUUUUUAUUUGAGUCAUGACAUGAGUGUUAACGUUUUUUUCUUUUUUUUAACUCGGUUAGCAUUUUGAAUUCAUGCAACAUUUCUCAAAUGUCUGUGCACAUUUGGUUUGAAGUAUAUGUAACUAGGAAAUCUGUUAUAUUUAAUUUACCUGAUUUGAACAAAUUAUUUUUACAUUGUAGCAUAUUUACAAAUAAAAAGGAUAUAUAAUUAUGCAAUUACGGGUGCUUUCACAUAGCUUACGUGUGAGAUCAGAACAAUCGUACAAAAUGUAUUUUUUAAUUUAUGCAAAUAUAUUUGUAUUAACAAAAUUCCUUGAUUUAUGCAAACAUAAUUAUCGUUUUCAUUCCAGUUAAAAUUGUGUAAUGGAUAAAUUUAUAUAUAUGUAGAUGGAAGGAAUAUUUUUAUGAAAACGUUUAUUGAUCAUGAUCAGCGACUAUAGAAAGUUAUUGCCAUUUGAAGAUAGAAGUCUAUAUCAUAUUAUGCAACUGAUUUACUAUGCCAUAUAAGGCAUUCAAACCGGUUUCGAUUUCAUGUGACGGUUGUGUCAUUGUAAAUGUUUAUUUUCUCUCCUGGAGAAGAAAAAAAUGUUAUUCACUGUUGUAAAAUGAGUUUAAGAAUGUAGCCAAUGAGAAGUGUCGAAAUGGAUCACGCGUGCGUGUAUUAAUUUUUGCCAUAUGCACGGGAGUGCAUUUUGGUGAUAACAACCAUCAAUUUCUUGACUUUAUACUUAAAUUAUAGACCCAUCUUAUGAAGCAAUAAUACAUGAUUUUAGCUCGUGCAUUAGUGAUAUGCACUGCACUUGGUUAAGUCACAAUGAGACGGACAAUAAACUCUACAAGUCUUGUUCAUAAUCCUAACAUGACUUAACCUGCAUGCAAUGCAUUUCACUAAUGCACAAGCUAAAAACAUGUACAAACAUGUUUUAUUUAUAUAUUGUAAAUGGGAGUGAUAGCGCAGAUUGAAGCAGGGAAAAUGAUAAUUUGGGGGUGAAUUUAUUUGCCUUGUUUGACUAAAGUUAAUCAGUCACAAUAGGGGUAAAGUGUAUUGUUUUGUCAUCAUAUCUGAGUCAGUCAGUAUGAUAAACCUUUGAUCUUGACACAGCUAGGAUAUUGACCUAGUGAAGUAUACCAAUCAUGUCUUGUGAAAUAAGAACAAUGAGGUUUCAGUGCCAUGAAGAACAGUGUGUACAUUAUGCAUUAUGUAUUUGAGCCAUUUGUCUCACCACUCACUUCAAUACCGAAAGGAAAGAUAAUGAACAUUAUAUGAAAGGGAUUAUUUAUCAGUCAAAAACAGAAAUGCAACACCCUAACUUAUAAACCCACGCUACAGAUGAUCUAUUACAUUGUCUUUUUGGCGCACUUAUGUCUACCAAAGUAAGAUGUGUGUGAUAAGCAAAUGUGUAUUCAUGUAUAAUUAUGUGAUAUAUUUUCUUAUAGAUAUUGAUGAAAUCAUGUCUGAUUACUUGCUUAUUGUCUAAGAAUCUUCCAAUCAUGCCUUGUUAAAUAGACUUAGUAUAUUUUCAAGAUUUUCACAAUUAUAAUAGAUUUUAUAGGUUAGAUCAUAAUUAUGGUAAUUUGCUCAGUUUGCUGUGGUAUAUAACAAUAUUUGUGAAUAGUAUGUGAUUACAUGUGUAGAGAAAUGUAUAUAUUUAUUUUUUACAAGGAGUACAAAGAACACAAAAUCAUUGUAUAUAUAUAUUUGAUGUGAAAUAAAUUAUGAGGAAGUAAUAUU